AUGACCACUUCCUCUCAAAGCAAUCAAUUAGAUGAUAUUGAAGUUAUCGAUACCCCAGGUCUUGAAGAUGAUGGAAUUUUUAAGAUUUUAUAUGCUAUUACUUUAGAAUGUGGAAGAAUUAAACCACAUGAUUUGCAAACUAUAAAUGCAAUCAACAGAGCUAUAAAGACAGAUUUUCAAUUCGGAUUGGUCAUCAACAAAAAAAUUGAGGAGUUAGAGGUUUUAUUGAAAAACAAGGAUAUAAACAAAGAAUUAUCAAUAUUCCUAAAAGAAAUUCCUUCUAGUUUUAUUAAAACAGAUUUGGUGGAUAAAGUAGAUAUUCGAGAUUACGAUCAGAUGGUAACAGAAAUGGAAUCUAAAAUUCAAUCCCUUAUGAAAGAGUCAGAUUCGGUUCUGAAUAAAGCUAUAAAGAGUGAGGAUGACAUUGAAAUUGGUGAAUUAAAGGGAUCAGAAAACCAACAUCCUCUUUCCAAAGAAGGAAAUCCUCCUAUAUUUCAAGAAUACUGUGAUAGAGAUAGAUGCCUUGGUACAAUUUUACCGGAUCGAUCUUGUCCAGAGAAUGCACCUACUCUCAUUUUAUGUUCACAUAUUCCUCCAUGUAUCAGGUCUUCAUACUACUCAAGUUCUCAAAUGUACCUCAAGGUUCAAAAUGACCAGAAUUCUAAUAAUAAUAAUAAUAAUAAUAAUACUAAAUAG